AGCGCUCUGGGCUCCCCCUGUCUUGUCGCCCACCCCGGGGCGGGCGCUCAGGCCGCCCUCCAAGCCCCGACCUUGGGUGGUGGGCUCCCCCGGGGUGGGGGGUCUUGGCGGGGCCUCAUCUCCUCCCAGAGCUGGCAAGCUGCCCAGCCCAGCUGCAGGAACACUGCCCUUCCUUUGUCCCCAAGCUCUGCAGGGUCCUGGCAGCUCCUGGCAGCUGCUGGCUGGGCUCUGGGCAGGAAGGCCAGGCCCACGGGAUGUCUAGGGGCCAGAAAUGUUAGCCCUGGGGACUCAGAGGCCACCUGCUCAGUAGAUGAAGACGGCCUGUCCCGGGGAGGGGACCCUCCUCCGAGACCCAGGCACUGCUGUCCCCCACACCUCAUGACAAGGACCCUGCCAGCUCAGGAGACACCUCAGCAGCCCACUGUGUGUUCCAGCGCGCACGGAAGAUGGUUGACGUGGAAGAGAGCUUCAACCUCAGAGUCGUCCUGCUCAACUUCAAGCAGUGUCUCAACGAGAAGGAAGAGGUGCUGCUGGACCCCUACCUGGCAGGCUGGAAGGGGCUGGUCAGGUUCCUGAACAGCCUGGGCGCCGUGUUCUCCUUCGUCUCCAAGGACGUGGCAGCCAAGCUGCAGAUCAUGGAGCGUCUGCGGGGCGGCCCGCAGGGGACGCACUACAACAGCCUGCAGUCCAUGGUGGCCUACGAGGUGGGCGGCGGGCGGGUGGACCUGCAGCAGCGCUCCCGCCACCCCGACUCCGGCUGCCGCACGGUGCUCCGCCUACACCGCGCCCUGCGCUGGCUGCAGCUCUUCCUGGAGGGCCUGAGUGGGGGGCCCGAGGACGCCAGUGCCGCCACACUCUGUGCUGACGCCUACAGCGCCUCGCUUGCCGCCUACCACCCCUGGAUCGUCCGCCAGGCCGUGGCCAUGGCCUCCUGCACGCUGCCCUCGCGCAAGGUCUUCCUGGAGGCCAUGAACGUGGGGCCACCCGAGCAGGCGGUGCAGAUGUUGGCCGAGGCCCUGCCCUUCAUCGAGCAGGUGUACAGCGUCUCCCAGAAGCUGUACGCAGACCACACCCUGCUAGACCUGCCCUAGGGUGGCAUCAGGCGGGCGCAGUGGCCAGCGCCCACCUGGGGACAGGAAAGCUACCGUCAAGCCAGGGAGCUCGCCGGGAAGCCGGGCCCCCCAUGGCUGCCCGCAGGCUGGGACAGGCCACCACAGAGAAGGCGGCGCUGGCCGUCUGCCCCUCGCCCUCCCGCUGCUUGGCUGCACACCUGACCGUCACCCGCAGGCAAGGGGGGAGUCGGUGUGGGCUCAGUGCGCAGAGCCGGGAGCUGCCCCCCCCCGCCUGGCGUGACUCACCUGUCCCUGGCCAGUCUCCACCCCGCAGCGCACGGGAGUCACACCGUGGACGGCACCCGCGUCGGGCCUGAGUGUCCGCACAGCCAACACCACCCCCUUCCCUGCCCCUGCUUGCCCUGUCCCCACAGCGCCGGGAGGGCCUGGGGGCUGUGCUUUGGGGGGAGGCCGCGCCCCCGGCGACCUUAAGCACAGGCGCAGGGGCCCUGGGAGCUGUAAGGGGCUGUGACCGCGACGAAUAAACGUGCUCAGAGAACCCGGCGCCACACCCCAGGGCGAUGAGCUGCGUGCCGGCCACCUACCAACCGAGGGAGGGAGUGCCAGGGCUGGCCCCCCGAUCAGGCCCCAUCUUCACUGCAGGGGGGCAGGAGACCCCCAGGGGCCAGCCUGGGGUAAUCUGGGCUCUGAGCCCUCCACCCAGUGUCAGACCCGGUGGCUGCGCCCACCCCCAGCAGGG